UUUUCCCUGCUGUCUGACAAUAGUUUCAACAUCUUCCAAAUAUGGAAAGUUAUACCUUAUACGGAAAGUUUCUCGAUAUUUCUAUUGACACAAAAUCGUACCCACAUAAAGAAAUUUAUGUAAGUUUCAGCAUUAAACCGAGAGAAGCAGUCACACUGAUAGCAACAGUGUAAAUAUUUAUAUCUGUAUAGAUUAGUUUGGAAUAUACCUCUAAAUUAUGGCUAUUGACUAUUAUAAGGUGCUUAAUAUUUCACGGCAAGCAUCUGUCGAAGAAAUCAAGAAGACGUAUCGUAAAUUGGCAUUGAAAUAUCAUCCUGAUAGAAACAGCCAUCCUGGAGCAGCAAUUAAAUUUAACGAAAUAACCGAAGCAUACCUUGUGCUAAGCAAUGAGUUCAGAAGACAAGAGUUUGAUCGUUCCGCAAUGAAUUAUAGUACAGCCUUUUCCUUUUCAUCGAACAUCGACAACGAUAUGGCUAAAAAUAUAUUCACUGAAGUUUUUGCCAAGGCCUGUCAUAGAAAGACCGACCUUAUUGAUGAUCUUAUAGACUUGAGAAUGAAGGUUGGAAAGCGAAAAGCUAGCACCGAAGAUUCAGCCUCUAAAUCAGCGUUGCCGCUCAAGCGUCAAAGAAUAAAAGAUCCUCCCAUUUAUAAAAACAUGCACCUUACUUUGGAAGAAAUUAAAUCGGGAUGUACAAAAAAAAUGAAAAUUACUAAAUUAGUGCUAAACCAUGAUCAAAUUACAUCAAGAAAAGUAGAAAAGAUUUUAGAAAUUGAUGUAAAACCUGGGUCGAAAGAGGGAACCACGAUUACGUUUCCAGAAGAAGGAGACGAGAGAAAAGGAGUGAUACCAGCAGAUAUUGUGUUCAUCCUAAAAGAUCGCCGCACGAGUUUUACCAGCGAGAUUUAG